UACACGAUCAGUAGAUGUUAUUUAUUAGACGUCAUAAAUGACGUCUAUUCUUCUUCGGAUUGUCUUGUCGACCUCUGUUUGCUGAUUUGAUGGACACAUUAUUCUCACAAUAACGACUCACUUAUUAACGUUAUUGUAUUUUUCAAUUUUUUCAUUUUUUGAUAAUCGACAUGGAAUCGAAUGUUAAAUUGACCAAAAAACCUAAGCGAACGUUUUCAGAAGCUUGGCUCAUGGAUGUGCGGUAUAAGUCGUGGAUACGAGAAGUACCGUCUGAUAAUACCCUUUAUCACUGCACUAUAUGCGAUAAAAAUUUUUCGUGCGGUUCAACACAUAUCUCGAGGCAUGUGGAGUCCGCGCAUCAUAAAAAUAAUAGUAAUAAAGAUCACAGUAGCGAUGAUGAUAGUUUUUUAGAAAAAAAAUCUCGUAGAUCUAUAUUUCAACAGAAAUGGUUGGAUAGAGCGGAAUUUAAAAGCUGGUUACGCGAAGUGCCACACGAUCCAAGUUUAUUUUUUUGUUUAACUUGUGACAAAUCUGUUGCUGGUGGUUUAUCGCAAAUCAUUCGUCACUCAAAAUCCAAAGCACAUAUAAAUAAAAAUAAAGAUAAUUCUAUCGAAGUAAGUCAAUCGAAUAACGAUUCGCAAUCGUAUGACGACAUGCAGGCUACGCAUAAUCGGGCUACGCAAACUGAAUUGCUUUCGUCGUUUGAAGAGCGUAAAAAAUCCGCAGAAAUUAGAUUUGCCGCAUUCAUUGCCGACAAAAAUAUUCCCCACCAAAAUGCAAAAGAAAUUCUUAGUUUUUUUCGACAUGUAGGAGAAGAUCCUAACGUGUUAAAAGCCAUGAGCAUGGGUCGUACGAAAUGUAAAAACAUUAUUACAAAUGUUUUGUGCCCAAUCGAGACGGAACGUGUGGUCAAUAAAAUUCAGAACACAAAGUUUACGAUAUUCAUCAAUGAAACGUCUGCCAAUGAGAAAUGGAUGACUUUUCUCGUUCGUUAUGUUGAUCCGGAUACAUUAGACAUUCGAUCACAAUUAGUUAAACUAAUUGACAUUGAUGUCAAAGAUUCCAAUGCGGAAAAAUUGUUCCUUGCAUUUAAAUGCGAAAUGUGGAAGUUACAGAUAUUGUUUUUGAAUAUUGUCGCCCUGUCGUGUGACAGUGCAUCUACCAUGACAGGGAAACAUUUAUUAUUCAAAGAAAAAUUAGAAGAAGAAUGCCCGCAUUUGUUAACAUUUUCCUGUCCCUGUUAUGCCACCAUGUUAGCAGCUCAUGCUGCAUGCAAUGAAAUACCUAUAGCUUGCGAGGAAUUUAUUACAAAAAUUGGCGAUUAUAUUAACUGUAGUCCAAAAUGUUCGUCCGUUUUUUCUGAAUUUUGUGAAUAUUUCCAAGAAAACAAUAAUAGAAUAACACGAUUAAAUGAUACACGUUGGCGUUCUCACUACUUGUGUGUAAAAAAACUUUUGGAAUCUUGGGACACAAUUAAACAUUUUCUUAAUGAAAUAUCUGUGAACGAGAAAACAAGAUUUGAAGAAUGUCUGUUGUCUAUGAUGGAUAAUAUAGAGUUAAAAGCUUAUUUUUUAUUUUUAGAGUACGCAUUACAUUUCUUCAACAAAUUCAAUAUUUUUUUUCAAGCAUUAGAUACACGGAUACAUAUUUUACAACCCAAAUCUUUGAACUUUCUUCUUCAAAUCUGCCAAAAUUUUUUAAAAGAGGAGCAUUUAAAACCUUUCUCUACAGAUGUAGUAUUAUCUUUACAGAAAAAUCAAAAAGAUCUGCAUCAAAUUACAUUGGGAUCAGAAUGUGAAAAAUAUCUUCAGAAAUUAAUGGAGCAUGGACACGAAGACGAAGUUGAAACAAUUCGAAAGAACUGCUUAAAGUUUUAUGUAACUGCUGCAGAAAACAUUCCUCAAACUAUUGGUGAUUUCGACGAAGACGGUUUAAAGGAGGAAUGGGUUGCACUGUCAUCAGAUUUUACCACGAACGAGAAACAAAGUCUCUCUAAAUUAAAUUUCGACAAUAUGUGGAAAAAAAUUUUACAAUCUUCUUAUCCAAAUAAUAUAGCCAAAUAUCCAAAUCUAAUAAACAUUCUAAAUGCUAUCCGUUCACUUCCCAAUUCAAACGGCGAUCCGAAGACCAUGGUUUCCAUCGUGUAUGAUUUAACUUCGAAAAAACGCAACAAACUUUCGGCGGCUUCGGUUAACGCCAUUUGCGUUUUUAAAUCUGCAUUGAAGGCGAGAGGAGAAACAUCAAUGAAUAUGACGAUCGAAGAAAAACAUUUGUCACUUAUGUCGUCAGACAAAUUAUAUGCUAGUGCUACUAAAGAAACUGCAGUAAUAAAUGACUACUAGUGUGCUUUCUAGUAAGCGACACAGAUGACACAGUGUAAUGAUACAAUGAAUUAUUACAUUCUUAUCGUUUGCUUCUUCAGAGACAACAUACAUUCACGUAUAUAAAAAGUAACAAAGAUUAAUUUGUCAUGGUGAGCUCUCCCGUAUCGAGAAUAUAAUU